GCGGACUGCUAUGUCCCCAGACCUAACCAGGGAUCGAAGGGAGAAAGUCAUUGAAUUUGCACAGGAACGGUUAUAUCGUAAUCAAAGCACCUGUUAGGGCGGGAGCAUUCUGUUCUGCUGUCCCUCAUAAAAAUAGUAUGGGACGGAGUUUCUUUGCAGUACGCUAAUCGGGACAAGACAGAGUGCGCUAGUGCAGGCUGCCGCAUGCGAGCCAGCAAGUUGACAGAAAUAUCAAAACUCGCGUCAACAGGGGACAGUCCUAAAAGGAAUUACGGAGGUUGAAGAGAUAGCUGCUCCGACAAAAUGAAAUUCGCAGAGCACCUUUCGUCUCAUAUUACUCCGGAAUGGAGGAAACAGUACCUUCAAUAUGAGGCGUUCAAGGAUCUGCUGUAUGCAGCCCAGGAUCAGGCCCCAUCCAUAGAAGUCACAGAUGAAGACACUGUCAAGAGAUACUACGCCAAGUUUGAGGAGAAGUUUUUCCAGAAUUGUGAGAAGGAGCUUUUGAAGAUCAACACAUUCUAUUCAGAGAAACUUGCUGAAGGCCAGAGGCGUUUCGCCACCCUGCAGAAUGAGCUGCAAUCGUCUCUGGAUGCGCAGCGUGAGAGCAAUGCGCCAGGCCUCCGCAAACGCAAGACGGUGUUCCACCUGUCCCAGGAGGAACGCUGCAAACACCGCAACAUCAAGGACCUGCAGCUGGCCUUCUCAGAGUUCUACCUCAGCCUCAUCCUGCUGCAGAACUACCAGAAUCUGAACUUCACAGGUUUCCGUAAAAUCCUGAAGAAGCAUGAUAAGAUCCUGGAGACCCCCCGCGGGGCUGACUGGCGUGUGGCCCACGUGGAGGUGGCCCCCUUCUACACCUGUAAGAAAAUCACCCAGCUCAUCUCUGAGACAGAGGCUCUGGUGACCACAGAGCUAGAGGGAGGGGACCGUCAGAAGGCCAUGAAGAGGCUGAGAGUGCCUCCACUAGGGGCAGCACAGCCUGCUCUAGCCUGGACUACCUUCCGCGUUGGCCUGUACUGUGGGGUCUUCAUAGUCCUCGCUAUCUCCUUCAUCCUCACUGGUGCUGUACUCAUCCGGUAUGAGAACGUGUGGCCUCUUGUGCGUAUCUACCGUGGUGGCUUCCUGCUGAUCGAGUUCCUCUUCCUGUUGGGCAUUAACACCUAUGGCUGGCGCCAGGCGGGGGUCAACCACGUGCUCAUCUUCGAGUUGAACCCUCGCAGCAACCUCUCCCACCAGCACCUGUUUGAGAUUGCAGGAUUCCUGGGGGUGCUGUGGUGUAUGAGCAUCCUGUCCUGUCUGUACUCUGAGUACAUCAUGCUGCCCAUGCAGGUCAACCCCCUCAUCCUCUACGGCUUCAUGCUCCUCUUCCUCAUCAACCCCUUCAAGACUGGCUACUACAAGUCCCGCUUCUGGCUGCUCAAACUUCUGUUCCGUGUGUUCACGGCGCCGUUCCACCGCGUGGAGUUUGCAGACUUCUGGCUGGCCGACCAGCUCAACUCUCUCGUGAUUGUACUGAUGGACCUGGAGUAUCUCAUCUGCUUCUACAGCUUCGAGCUUAAAUGGACCGACCGCAAAGGCCUCCUGCCCAUGUUCAACGGUGAUUACACGUGCCAUAGUUACUCCUACGGUCUCCGUGCCAUCAUCCAGUGUCUGCCUGCUUGGUUCCGUUUCGUGCAGUGCCUCCGUCGGUACCGAGACACCAAGCGAGCUUUCCCUCACCUGGUCAACGCUGGCAAAUACUCCACCACCUUCUUUGUGGUCACCUUCGCCGCACUCUACAGCACCCACAAAGAACAAAAGCAUUCCGAUGCAGACAUGUUCUUCUACCUGCUGAUCGUGUUCUCAGCCGUCAGCUCCCUGUACACGCUGAUCUGGGACCUGAAGAUGGACUGGGGCCUGUUUGACCGUGGAGCAGGAGAGAACACCUUCCUCAGGGAGGAGAUCGUCUACCCGCAGAAAGCGUACUAUUACUGUGCCAUCAUAGAGGACGUGAUUCUGCGUUUCGCCUGGACCAUCCAGAUCUCCCUCACCACCAUGACCAACAUCCCCUCCGUGGGAGACAUCGUGGCCACCGUGCUGGCUCCUCUAGAGGUGUUCAGGCGUUUUGUCUGGAACUUCUUCCGUCUGGAGAACGAGCACUUGAAUAACUGUGGUGAGUUCCGUGCCGUGAGGGACAUCUCAGUGGCUCCGCUGAACGCCGACGACCAGACGCUGCUGGAGCAGAUGAUGGACCAGGAGGACGGAGUCAGGAACCGCCAGGGCAAGAAGAGCUGGAAGCGCAGCUACAGCCUGUCUCUACGACGCCCUCUGAUGUCCUCUCAAUCAUCCAAGAAGGACACCAAGGUGUUGAUAGAGGACACGGAUGACGAGGCCUUCAGCUGAACCCUGGGCGCCGGCUCUACGCCCCCAGUGAUCCUAUCACUCCAUCACAGAGCUGCCUCACCAAACACACAUACACACACACCGGCAGACAUAGAUAGAUAGAUAGAUAGAUAGAUAGAUAGAUAGACAGACA